AUGGCUACGGGUUCCUUCCUGAAGCGACAGAGUACUCCGAGGAGGGGAUUGAUCAGGUCAGGUCCCGGGAGGGGCAUUUCCCUGCGCGUCCUGGCCGGCUGCGUCCUGUGCGUCCUGAUCGUGUCCACGCUGCUGGGCAACACGCUGGUCUGCGCCGCCGUCGUCAAGUUCCGCCACCUGCGCUCCAAAGUCACCAACUCGUUCGUCAUCUCGCUGGCCGUGUCCGACCUGUUCGUGGCCGUGCUGGUGAUGCCGUGGCGGGCCGUGUCCGAGGUGGCCGGCGUCUGGCUCUUCGGCCGCUUCUGCGACACGUGGGUGGCCUUCGACAUCAUGUGCUCCACGGCGUCCAUCCUCAACCUGUGCGUCAUCAGCAUGGACCGCUACUGGGCCAUCUCCAGCCCCUUCAAGUACGAGCGCAGGAUGACGCGCAGGUUCGCCUUCCUGAUGAUCGGCGUGGCGUGGACUCUGUCCGUGCUCAUCUCCUUCAUCCCCGUCCGGCUCAACUGGCACCGCCAGGCGCACGACGACUCCGCGCCGGACGACCCGCGCGGCUGCAACGCCAGCCUGAACCGCACUUACGCCAUCUCCUCCUCCCUCAUCAGCUUCUACAUCCCCGUGGUGAUCAUGGUGGGCACGUACACGCGCAUUUUCCGCAUCGCUCAGACUCAGAUCCGGCGCAUCUCGUCCCUGGAGAAGGCUGCGGCGCCGCGGGCGCGGUGCGCGCACAGCCCGCGCCGCGGCCGCGGCCCCGGCCGGUGCCCCGGCCCCGGCCGCGCCUCGACGCACGACGAGAGCUCUCUGAAAACGUCCUUCAAGCGGGAAACCAAAGUGCUGAAGACGCUGUCCAUCAUCAUGGGGGUGUUUGUGUUCUGCUGGCUGCCGUUCUUCGUGCUGAACUGCGCGACACCGUUCUGCGGGGACGGGGAGCCGCCGUGCGUCAGCGACACCACCUUCAGCAUCUUCGUGUGGUUCGGCUGGGCCAACUCGUCCCUGAACCCGGUCAUCUACGCCUUCAACGCAGACUUCCGCAGGGCCUUCUCCACCAUCCUGGGCUGCAGCAGAGCUGGUGCUGGCCAGGAGCUGGCCAGAGAGCCACGUCAUCAUGUUAUCACGUUACUGCAGACGUCUGUCUACGUCACCAUUUCCGGGUACAAGUAG